AUGAAAGAUUCUGAAACUCUUCCACUGAUCACACGGAAACCUAAGGUGAAGUACUAUCACAAUGGGAAUGUAUCCCGAUUCGAGAGGCGAAGAAGGGAAAAGUGCAAGAAAGAAGUGAGUUCGACCAAUCUUAGUUAAUUCAAUCUUUAGCACAUGUUCAAAAUGUAAAUAAGGGGAGAAAUUAUUUGGACACUUUGAAAUCAUUAUUGUUUCUUAAUUCAAAAGAGUCUCACAUUUGCAUGCAGAUCAAUACCGAAGAUCGAUCUCGAGCUAAUGAAUUGGGACAGAAUUCUGACAGAAUGCGUUGAUUGCAAAUAAGUUAGCCAGCGUUUUCUAAUUUAGCAUUCAUAACUAAAUUUCCAUAAGUAUUGCGAAAGAAUGCACUUUGAAACGUGUUGAAAGUGUUCAAGCACGAACGGAGGGCGGCCGCAAUGCGAAACGAAAUCGCGUCGAGACCCGCGGCGGCAAAAUAUAGUGUUUCGGUGUGCGGACAAAAGAGAAAUUGGCUGGCAAUGAGUCACAAACUGGCAAGAAGAGAAGAGCGAAAGAAAGGGGGAGAGAGAGAGAGAGAGAAAUCGCUUCUGAAUCUGUAAACGUUUUCUUUUCUAUUAAGAAUAAUAAUGCGACGUGGAAGAAAUGAGUCGAGUUGCGGCUCUGUUUACUCUAAAAACAGCAACCAAGAAGAGCAAACGCGUGAGAGAAAAAAGAGAGCGAUUGGAUGAGAGCACCAGUAUCGAUUGAUAACUCAUCUGAAUUGAGGGCGGGAAAUUUUAAAAGUGAGGAAAUCAGCGGGAACAUUUGAAUUCCCGCCCUCCGGUACUUUUGAUCGACGGUUUCAAAUAAAUAGCUUCCUUGAAAACCAUAGGCCCCUCCAGUCUGCGAUAUUGUCAAAAGGAUUUCCAUCCAUAGCUUACAAUCGGCAUAGUUCAAUUCCCAAGCGCAGAUUAUCAGCGAGCACGUAGCAGACAACACAAAAAACACGUAGCCGUCUCUCUUAUCACUAUUUCUUAUCAGAUAAUGUCUCAUUGAUUUUCAGUAUUACUCUCGACUCGACAAACUCAAUGAAUUGUACGAAGAAGAUCAGAAACUCAUGGAGGGGAUCACACAACCGUCGGAGGUCCGUUUGAAAUGGACAACGUAGGGCUAAUCGGGCGAGGUUCAGCACGAGCAGUCAACGGAUAGACUCCUGGCCAACUUGUCAGUCGGUCUGAAUCUGACCCUUCUCUUCACUAACUUUUUGGCUUCGAUUCUUUCCGGAAGUCUGUCUAUUGUGAGUACAUUCGUUGAUUCUAUGAUGGAUGUGACCAGUGGACUGAUCAUUGGAAUCUGUCUGAAAUUGAUAAAAAACACAAACAUGUUCAAUUACCCAAGAGGACGAAACAGGUGAGAUAUUGGAAAGGAAGGAAAUAGAAAGAGAUGAGGUUCAGACUGGAGUUGGUCGGAGUUAUUAUCUGUUCAAUUCUGAUGGGUAUAGCCAACACACUUCUCGUCAUGGAGUCGAUCCGUUCAAUUCUGGAGGGAGACGUUAGUGUCACGCAUUCGCCAGUUCACGCCAUGCACACGUUCAGAUCAAUCCGGUCAUGGAUUUCCCCACGCUUGCCAUAAUGCUUGGCGGAUCCACUAUCAAAAUCUUCUUGUGCCUUGUUUGUUAUCGUCGUGGAUCUAAUUCCACUAAAGUUCUCGCGAUGGACAUGCGAAAUGAUAUUGCCACGUCUAUCGUUGCGAUAGUCUGCGCAACCGUAGGGGACCGCUACUGGUCUUAUGCAGAUCCGCUCGGAGCAAUUCUCGUCUGGUGAGCAGUCACUCUGAGAGUUGCUUCAUGAUUUCUCUGUUCAGUGGAGUUAUUGCCACGUCAUGGUAUCGGCACGCGUUGGAGCACGUGCCGAAUCUGGUGGGGAGGAGGGCGGAAAGUGAGCAUUUGUCGAGAAUUCUCAAGAUUGUUAUUGAGCACGAUCCUCGUAUAAAGUAAGUGUAGGGAGAAGUACUUCAAGUCUCGCAGAGCUUUUGAUUGACGGCAUCCGCACUUAUCCACGUCACUUAUUGCUGCUUUUCAGAUACGUGGAUCAUGUGAUGGUGUACCACACAACACAAGAAGCACUGGCCGAAGUGCACAUUGUGAUGGACGAGAAUCUGCCUUUGAAGAUCACUCACGACGUCGCACAAGGUCUCGAGCGGAAGUUGAUGCUCCUCGAUUUCGUGGAAAGGAGUUUUGUGCAUUGCGAUUACGAAUGCGACGGAGACAAAUGA